AGCAGAUAGGCGAUGGAGACAAAACUGACUGGGAACCUCGUUCUCCCGCACCAGUGGUCACCGCAGGCGGCAAGAGUGGAGCAACACUGCCGAGGAAAUUCACCCAUCAGACCAUAACAAACUUAUACAGCUGCUGACGACAUAAAAACAAAAAACAAGUCAUGUCAGCCAAAGCCAUUUCUGAGCAGACGGGAAAGGAGUUCCUCUACAAGUACAUCUGCACAUCAGCGGCCAUCCAGAACAGGUUCCGCUAUGCAAACGUGACACCUGAGACCAACUUUGACCGACUGGCUCAGGAGCACCCAUGGCUGCUCACAGAGAGACUGGUGGUGAAGCCGGACCAGCUCAUCAAGAGACGAGGCAAGCUGGGUCUGGUUGGCGUCAACCUGGACCUAAAUGGCGUCAAAGAGUGGCUCAAACCCCGCCUUAUGAAAGAAACCACAGUGGGAAAAGCCAAGGGUGUUCUCAAAAACUUCCUCAUUGAGCCAUUUGUCCCACAUAAGCAGGAGGAGGAAUUCUAUGUGUGCAUAUACGCCACUCGAGAAGGGGACUAUGUGCUGUUUCACCACGAGGGCGGGGUGGAUGUAGGAGAUGUCGACGCCAAGGCACAGAAGCUACUAAUUAAGGUGGAUGAAAAGAUCAGUGAAGACCUGGUGAAGAAAGACCUGCUGACUCAUGUCCCCAAUGACAAGAAAGUCAUCCUGGCCAGUUUCAUUGUUGGACUUUUCAACCUGUAUGAAGACCUGUUCUUCACAUAUCUGGAGAUCAACCCUCUGGUGGUCACAAAAGAUGGAGUUUAUGUGCUGGACAUGGCCGCUAAGAUCGACGCAACAGCUGAUUACAUCUGCAAGGCCAAGUGGGGAGAUGUGGAGUUUCCUCCACCGUUCGGCAGGGAGGCUUAUCCCGAGGAGGCCUAUAUUGCAGACCUUGAUGCUAAGAGUGGAGCCAGCCUCAAACUCACUCUCCUUAAUCCGCGAGGCAGAAUCUGGACCAUGGUGGCAGGCGGCGGUGCCUCAGUGGUGUACAGUGACACAAUCUGUGAUCUUGGUGGGGUUAACGAGCUGGCCAAUUAUGGAGAGUAUUCUGGAGCACCGAGUGAACAGCAGACCUAUGAUUAUGCCAAGACCAUCCUAUCUUUGAUGACGAGAGAAAAGCACUCUGAUGGGAAGGUUUUGAUCAUCGGAGGAAGCAUUGCAAACUUCACAAAUGUUGCAGCAACAUUUAAGGGAAUUGUUCGUGCUAUCAGAGAUUAUCAGGAGCCACUGAAGGAGCAUGAGGUCACUAUUUUUGUGCGGCGUGGAGGCCCCAACUACCAGGAAGGUCUAAGAGUGAUGGGAGAAGUUGGAAAGACCACUGGCAUCCCAAUUCAUGUCUUUGGCACAGAAACCCACAUGACUGCCAUUGUUGGCAUGGCGCUGGGCCACAGGCCAAUUGCCAACUUGCCUCCUAUUGCUGCCCACACUGCCAACUUCCUCCUCAACUCCAACAGCAGCACAUCGACGCCAGCGUCCAGCAGGACUGCUUCUUUCUCUGAAAACAAAGGCAAAGUUGAGAGUUCACCAGCAAAGAAGCCUAAAACUGGAGCCCCCGUUGGAAAGGCAACUACCCUCUUCACUAAACACACAAAGUCGAUAGUGUGGGGCAUGCAGACUCGUGCAGUACAGGGCAUGCUGGACUUUGACUAUAUCUGCUCCAGAGCUGAGCCAUCUGUCGCAGCUAUGGUCUACCCAUUCACUGGAGACCACAAACAGAAGUUCUACUGGGGACAUAAAGAGAUCCUCCUCCCUGUGUAUAAGAACAUGAGCGAUGCCAUGAAGAAGCAUCCAGAUGUAGAUGUGCUCAUCAACUUUGCCUCUUUGCGCUCAGCCUUUGAUAGCACCAUAGAGACCAUGCAGUACCCACAGAUUCGCACCAUUGCCAUCAUUGCUGAGGGAAUCCCUGAAGCCCACACUAGGAAGCUUAUCAAGACAGCAGAUGAGAAGGGUGUCACAAUCAUUGGACCAGCAACUGUUGGAGGAAUCAAGCCAGGCUGUUUCAAGAUUGGGAACACGGGAGGCAUGCUGGAUAACAUCCUCGCCUCCAAGCUGUAUCGCCCAGGAAGCGUGGCCUAUGUGUCCCGAUCAGGUGGCAUGUCCAAUGAACUUAACAAUAUAAUCUCCCGCACCACUGAUGGUGUAUUUGAAGGUGUGGCCAUCGGUGGGGAUAGAUACCCAGCCUCUGUGUUUACGGACCAUGUGCUGCGCUACCAAGACACUCCUGGAGUAAAGAUGAUUGUCGUACUGGGAGAGAUUGGUGGCACAGAAGAAUACAAGAUCUGCCAAGCUAUCAAACAGGGCAGAAUCACAAAGCCAGUUGUGUGCUGGUGUAUUGGCACCUGUGCCACUAUGUUCUCCUCAGAGGUUCAGUUUGGCCACGCAGGAGCUUGUGCCAACCAGGCCUCUGAGACAGCAGUAGCUAAGAACAAAGCUCUGAAGGAAGCUGGUGCAUUUGUCCCUAAAAGCUUUGAUGAGCUUGGGGAUAUCAUCAACUCUGUAUAUGAUGACCUAGUUGCGAAGGGAGUUAUUCAGCCAGCUGAAGAGUUGCCUCCUCCCACUGUACCAAUGGAUUACUCGUGGGCAAGAGAGCUCGGUCUGAUCCGUAAGCCAGCUUCUUUCAUGACCAGUAUCUGUGACGAGAGAGGUCAGGAGCUCAUUUAUGCUGGCAUGCCCAUCACUGAGGUCUUCAAGUCAGAAAUAGGUCUUGGAGGCACUCUGGGGCUGCUUUGGUUCCAGAGGAGGUUGCCGAGGUAUGCCUGCCAGUUCAUCGAAAUGUGUCUAAUGGUGACUGCGGAUCACGGCCCUGCUGUUUCUGGUGCACAUAACACUAUUGUAUGUGCCCGAGCUGGCAAAGACCUCAUCUCCAGCCUCACCUCAGGCCUUCUCACCAUUGGUGACCGUUUUGGAGGCGCUUUGGAUGCUGCAGCAAAGCAGUUCAGCAAAGCAUUUGAUAGCGGCAUGCUGCCCAUGGAAUUUGUGAACAAGAUGAAGAAGGAUGGCAAGCUGAUCAUGGGCAUUGGACACAGAGUCAAGUCGAUUAACAAUCCAGACAUGAGAGUCCAGAUCUUAAAGGACUUUGUGAAGCAGCACUUUCCUUCCACACAGCUGCUGGACUAUGCUCUGGAAGUAGAGAAAAUCACCACCUCUAAGAAACCCAACUUGAUCCUGAAUGUGGAUGGCUUCAUUGGUGUGGCUUUUGUGGACUUGCUCAGGACUUGUGGUGGAUUUACACGGGAUGAAGCAGAUGAGUUUGUGGAAAUUGGUGCUCUGAAUGGCAUCUUUGUCUUGGGUCGCAGUAUGGGAUUCAUUGGACACUACCUGGAUCAGAAGAGGCUGAAACAGGGUCUGUAUCGCCACCCUUGGGAUGACAUCUCCUAUGUACUCCCAGAGCACAUGUCUAUGUAAUCAGAGGGACUAAACCGUAUAGCAGCAGCUUUUGGUCCCUCACCCUGCCAUCAGUACCCCUGCACAUACUGUGACAUCAUCUCAAAUCAGUGCCAUAACAUAGGGAAGAUGUUACGAUUAAUAUAGCUGUAAAUGCAAAGUGGUGGGAAGAAUUUAGUUCUGGAAACCUGUCAGCGCUGCUCACAUGAUUAAUAUAUAACCUGCUAAACUGUGAACCUUCCGUCUUAAAAUGUGUUUUGGAGAGCAAUCGGAUGAGGUAUACAGUGGAGGAAGUAAACAGAAAGUUACUGAUGACUAGAGAAGUACUGUUGUUUACCCCCAAAUACUACAUCAAUAUAUUAAAGUAGCAUGUGUGUCUGUGCGACAGUGUUUCAUGUUUCUGUGCUGCUCUCUUCACUGUGCCAUUUACUACAAGAAGUGAACAUGUAGUGCAAUAAUUCCUAUAUAAUAUCAGAACAUACUGUACAUCAGAUCUGUAUUUGUGUACAUAUGAAUUAAUACUUAACUAACCAAAUGGUACAAGAAUGUUAUAAUUUGCAUUUUCUGUACUGCCUUUGACACAGUAGUAAUGAGUGAUGCUUGUAGUCUGCUUACUGUGGGUGAUGGGACCAUUUUUAUGAGUCAUUCCUAGCAGGUGCUGCCAUUUGCAGUGUGCAGGAAAUGUUCUCUCCCAGCUGGUACAAUAUGAGGGAGUAUUUUUUGAAAGCAUUAAAAUGGUCAGAUAAUGUUAUUAGUCAUAAGAACAACUAAUAUGUAAUUAGUGGGGGGUUUUGUUUUGUUUUUCCUCUUACCUGGUUAUUUAAGAGGCUGCCAUUGCAUAUGAUAAAUGAGACACAGUUAGUAACAAAAAGCUAAAUUAUUAAUAAAAAUAUCUUUGAGCCAGCACAAUUGGGGUUAAAUAAAAUGUAUUAUUUUUGUAUAAUUAAUGAGGUAUGGUUUUUAUUCAUUCUGAUUUUUAAUUCUUCUGAGAGCAGUUUUGAAGGUUGUUUCAUGUCUGGUGUGAAAAUCUUUUCAGAAUGACUGAACUUCUUUAGAAAAAAAAAAAAAAAACAAGGUCCAAAAGGGUAUCUAUAUGUGGCAGGCAUCGCCAGUGUUAUCCAUUAUGCAGUUGUGGUUAAAAAGUGUAUCAAAUCUGUGAGAAACCAGAAACGUGUUUUCAGUGUCUUCAUGUUUUAUGUUUUUUAUCUUUGAGUGCGAGCUAAGUGUUCCUGUGUACUGAUUUGUUGUAUGUUGAUAACGGUAUAAUUAAGUACAUUAAAAUGUAAUCAUUAAAAUGUA